GGUGGAGUCUAUGCUGACUUUGUGCAUGCAGAUCAAGAUGGAUAUGUGAACCAGUGGGGCAGAAGUCGAAAGCACAUCUUUGCCACAGUGAAAGCCAGUUUGGAGCAUCUGCAACUUGAUUACAUUGAUGUUCUUCAAUACCAUCGCGUGGAUCCAAACACUCCAUUGGAAGAAACUAUGCAAGCUCUUCACAAUGUUGUCCAAGCUGGAUAUGUUUGUUACAUUGGAAUGUCAUCUUGUCGUGCUUGGCAAUUCCAUAUAAUGCAGAACCAUGCAAUCACGAACAAGCUCACCCCAUUUAUCUCGAUGCAAAACCACUACAACAUGGUUUAUCGUGAAGAAGAACGGGAGAUGGUUCCGAGUCUGAAGCACUUUGGUGUCGGCUCUAUCCCCUGGUCCCCUCUUACCAGAGGAAUGUUGACUCAUCCAUCAUCUGAGCAAACAGCUCGUAGUGGAACCGAUUUCAUAGUCAAAGGAUAUGAACAUGAUAGUAGUCGUCAAAUUAUAGAGCACGUCAAAGAAAUCGCGAAGAAGAAGGGGGUAACCAUGGCUCAAGUUGCUCUAGCUUGGUUGUGGACUAGAGAAAUUGUUGCUGAUCCUAUAGUCGGAACCGCCUCCAUGAAGAAUCUCUUUGACUUGAUUGAUGCAUUAGAUUUGAAGUUGUCAGAGGACGAGGUUAAGUAUGUUGACAAGCCAUAUCAGGCCCUCCUGAUAUUUGGCUUUUAUUAG